AUGCCUGAGCAUCCGAAGCAUGCACCUUCCGGCGUCACCGACACGGCGGCCGACAACGCUCACGAAUUCAUUGAGGGCGCAGAGGAGCAGGAGCACAAGGUAGACAGAGCUCUCCCUAUAGCUAAGCUGCAUUACUCCAACGCGUUGCACAUGGCCGCAACAAAGGCCCAUCCCGAGGCUCAGCUCGACCGUGGCGUGCAUCAAGAGAUCGUCGAGUCCGGAAGCAAGGGGCUCGGGGCGACGGACAAUGGCAAUGGUCACUCCAAGUCCAAGAUUGAUUCUAUCAAGAAGGCGCUGCAUCUUAAAAAGGACGACAAAUGA